GUUAAGUAGAUCUUUGAAAUUUUCCAGAUGAUGUAAACGAGGCUCACUUAGACGUCAUGAAACUUGGAACAAUCUCAGUUGUCACUCGCAACCUCAGAAACACUUCAACUAAAUCCAACGUCAGAAGUGUUAGCAGAUUAUGUGGGCAACCUCUAUCUCUUUUUCGUCUUCACCAGGGCCAGCAGAAAGAAGCUUCUGCGAUAGUUUUUUCUAAUAAUGCAUGUAAAGUUGGAGAAUUGAGUGGCGUUUCCAUGACGCAGAAAAGAAGUAUCCACCUGACGAAAAAGACGGAGGAGAUAGUGACGAAUCCGGAGAAUGCAGUUUGGGAUCCAGUUAGGGAGUUCCAUUUUCGGAAGUUCUCCAUUUUUGAAUCCCUCGGAUUUGACUACGAAGACAAGGAAGCCGACGAUUGGUUUGCCAGGUACUACAUGUUCGUCGGUGUUUCUCUCAUGUCAGUGGGAAUGGUCUUCUUCGUGUAUUACAGACCAUCUUACACCAGACUAGUGCAUGACUGGGGCAAAAGAGAAGCUUACAGACUAAUUGAGGAGAGAGAAGCUCAAGGACUUCCAGUGUUAGAAGUGGACUACGCCCCAGUCGAGGAGCUCCUCCCCUUCCUCCCACCAGAAUUUAACUUGUACACUUGCGAUGUUGAGACAGACUUCACCUAUUAUGACAGAGUAUAUCAGCUCUACCCGACACCCAAGCCAGUCUCAUUCAACUCGCAGACGCCCAAAAUUCUGGGCGCGUUUCCACCCGAACAGAGGUUGCUCAAUGAUGGAUCCAAAAUGACAAGUAUUUGAGCCCCGGAUGGAAUUAAAUGGAACUCGGACUGGUUUUUAAAACUAUAUUGAUUGGUAGAAAUAAUCUAACUAGCGGACAAACGCUGAUUGUAAUUCAAACUUGAUAACA